GUCAUAAAAGGGACAAGUUUAGUUCGUAAUGUCCAGAGAAGAGCGACAAGGGACUUGUUUUAUUGGCAGGAAGGAAACGCUAGUCUUAGAAAGUUGUGAAAAUCAAUCACGCAGCGCCAGGAAGUGAAAAAAUGUGAACGUACGUUGUAUUGUUGACAAUUAUUAACUCAUUAAACACUAUGUUAGAAGCAGGUGUUCGCUAACACUGUCAGAAAUAAGUACAUUCCAUGUAUUCUACCAAUAUGACUUGUAAACUUGUAUGUAUAUUAAUGAUCUUGCACUGCUUGAGAUUUCAUGUCAAUAACACAUUCAGAAAAUAAUCUUACAACAAAAUAUUUUAAGAUAAAUCAAUAGAUAGCUUUUACCUGAACAUUUUAUUGAUUGAUCUCAACCAUGACUUUGCUCUUGUGUGUUAAUAAUUAUACAGAGUUUUGCAGUCUAUGAUUGUGGGACACUGAGUGAUCACUCACUCCUCUAUCGCUGGCAACCAUGAGACUCGUAGUCUGUUUUCUUUCUCUGCUCACUGCGUUUGGUCCUGGAAAAUGUGGGAAUGUCUUAGUUUGGUUCACCGAGGGCAGUCACUGGAUCAAUCUGAAGAUCGUGUUGGAGACAUUGAUCGACAGGGGACACAAUGUCACAGUGCUGGUGCCGGAUGCCUCUCUCUUCAUGCAUGCCAAAGAAUCGGAUCGCUUCUCCUACCAGCCCUUCAAUGUGUCUAUAUCUGCACAGGACAUAGAAGACUCCUUUGAGGAUUUUUUACAUUUCUCGUUGUAUGAAAUGGAACAGUUAAACUUACUGCAAAUUUAUAUCAAAUUCUACCAGCUUUUCUCCAAAGAUCUAGAUUUGUGUUUUGCAUACUGUGAUGGUACUCUGAAGUCUCGGGAAUUGAUGGACAAAUUGCAGCAUGGGAAGUUUAACGUCAUGCUGUCAGAUCCGAUCUAUCCAUGCAGCGAGGCAUUAGCUGAAAAGCUGAACAUUCCCAUAGUUUACACGUUGCGGUUCUCUAUCGCUAACACUUUAGAGCGGAUGUGUGGUCAGAUACCAGCUCCACCAUCAUUUGUUCCUGGAACAAUGAGUAAACUCACAGACAAGAUGAGCUUCACAGAGCGAAUCAAAAAUAUGCUCUUCUACCUGUCUCAAGAUGCUUUGGCCAUUAGUCUGUGGAAAAAAGUCGACAAGUAUUACACUGAAUAUUUUGUUUGGUAUACUGAGGGCAGUCACUGGCUCAAUAUGAGGAUCGUGUUGGAUACAUUGAUCGACAGGGGACACAGUGUCACAGUGCUGGUGCCGGAUGGCGCUCUCUUCAUGAAAGCCAAAGAAUCGGAUCGCUUCUCCUACCAGCCCUUCAAUGUGUCCACGACUGCACAGGACAUGCAAGACUUCCUUGACGAAUUUCUUCAUUUCUCAGUGUAUGAGACCGAUCAGUUAAAUUUACUGCAGAUUCAGAUUAAAUUCUACAAGCUUGCUUCCAAACAUCAGGAUAUAGGUUUGUCAUACUGUGAUGGCAUUCUCAAAUCACCAGAGUUGAUGGAUAAAUUGCGGAAUGGAAAGUUUGAUGUUGUUCUGUCAGAUCCUAUGUACCCAUGCAGCGAUAUUGUGGCUGAAGAGCUGAACGUUCCCUUGGUUUAUACUUUUCGAUUCUCCAUCGCUCAUACUGCAGAGCGGAUGUGUGGUCAGAUACCAGCUCCACCUUCAUUUGUUCCCGGAGCCAUGAGUAAACUCACGGACAAGAUGAGCUUCACAGAGCGAAUCAUCAAUAUGCUCUUCUACCUGUCUCAAGAUCCUUUUUGCAUUAUUGCAUGGAAAAAAUUUGACAACUAUUACACUGAAUAUUUAGGACGGCCCACUUCCUCUUGUGAGAUGAUGGGUAAAGCUGAUAUCUGGUUAAUCAGAACCUACUGGGAUUUUGAGUUUCCACGGCCAUUCCUGCCCAACUUCAAAUACGUUGGAGGCCUUCACUGCACCCCUGCCAAGCCAUUACCCAAGGACAUGGAGGAGUUUGUACAGAGUUCAGGGGAUGAUGGGAUUGUGGUCUUCACUCUGGGGUCUAUGAUAGACAAAAUGCCCAAAGAAACGAGCAAUAUGAUCGCCUCUGCACUGGCACAGAUUCCACAGAAGGUUUUAUGGCGAUACGGUGGAGAGAAGCCUGAUACUCUUGGUGCAAACACCAAAAUCUAUAAAUGGAUCCCUCAGAAUGACUUAUUGGGUCACCCCAAAACCAGAGCAUUCAUCACUCAUGGAGGCACUAACAGCAUAUAUGAGGCCAUAUAUCACGGCGUUCCAAUGGUCGGAAUCCCUUUAUUUGGUGAUCAGCCUGAUAAUUUGGUUCAUAUGAAGGCCAAAGGUGCUGCUGUUGUUAUGGAAAACAUCAAGACAACGCAGCCGCAAGACCUGGUGGAUGGACUCAAUGCCGUCAUUAAUGACCCCUUGUAUAAAGAGAAUGCUAUGCGUUUGUCCAGGAUUCAUCACGACAGACCAAUAAAGCCUUUGGAUGAGACUGUGUUCUGGAUUGAGUUCGUCAUGCGCAAUAAAGGUGCUAAACACCUGCGUGUCGAGGCCCACAAUCUUACCUGGUACCAGUACCACUGUCUGGAUGUGUUCGCUUUUCUCAUCACAAUCUUGACUGUAGUCCUCUACGUCUUCUUUAAAAUGUGCAAAUUCUUCAUAAUGCGUUGCUGUUUUAGAUCAAAGAGGAAAAGCAAAAAAGAGUGAUUGAUUUUGACUGAUACAGAAAUUGACACAGUUCAUAUAUACAGAACUGUGCAUCUUGGGCACGCUAGAUUAUUCACAAAUGUUAUUCAUUUCUUUUGCUUUAGAAUGCCAGUAGGAAAUAUCAGUUUACGCUUCUGAAAUUCAUUUCGCAAUGAAAUUUAAAAAUCCAGUGAUACUUUUGUAUGCGCAAGGAGUCACAGAGAUCUGAUCUCUCUUACAUUAAGAGCCAGAAAAACUGGGACAAACUAAAUACUGUACAUGAGAACUGUUGCAAAAAGUUCAACGUAUUUCGACACGUCUAACUGGUAUUUCCUCCCAGUACACUAAAGAAAAAUGAUAAAUAACUGUAUUUAAACAAUUUUUCUGAUAUGCCUAAGACUUUUGCUCAGUACUGUAUAAACAUUACCUCAAACGUUUGCAGUCGGUAAGAUUUCAAAAUGCUUAAAAGAAUUCUCUUAUGGCUGAAAUAUAUCCUACAAUGAAAGCAUCAGCAAAUCAACUACAGAAUUCAGGUGAUACUAUACAGUAGCUGGCCAUUGAGCAUACUUAAUUUUAAAGAAAAAGGGGGGAAAAGUUAGUGAAAUUGGGAUGGCUGGACCAUAAUUGUGUACCUUUUACCAAAGCAGUUUAAUGAUUUAUAAAAACCUUGUCACUUUGGCCCU